GUAGUAGUAAUAAGUGAGUUUCUUUAGAGGAUCGCAAGAAGAGAGAAUUAGCAUGCUAAGGAUGGCCCUUGCCGAGAAGGGCAUACCAAUGGAAGGUCAUUACGCUUUGGAAUCUGCCGCGGCCGUCCCGCCUUCAGGAGACACCCCCACGGCUACGCCUCGUGUCACACAGCCUGAAUCGUCUUCGUUGCCAAGACAACCUACCGAAACUACGAGCCAUACAAUUCCAGCUACUGCGCUCAUUUCACAAGAUGCACAAAUGGACGAGGAUGGUGGCCUCCACUUGUGAAUACCCCUUCGUCUCGUCAAUGUACUUGUAUUCGCUCUGGUUAUCUGAAAAGCUGGCUUCACACACGGUCUGCAGACUACUCGUCGAUGAUUCAUGUAUUUCCAUUUGCAAGAGCUCCAAGCCGCGCCUUUCCGUCUCGAUUUAGCAGGGCAAAUGCCUGAGGUCCAAACGGGGUGAUCGAUGACAUCACGAAAUACGGCGGCGUACUUAUACUCUCCUCGUUCAAAAUUCGGUAUCCACGUCACUUUAUCCUCGACACACAAGACCAUCAACGAUGUUCAUUCUCGACCACUCCUCGCCGUUGCUCGCGGUACCGCGCAAUGUAUUCACCGCGGUCGGCUUGCCGCUCGUGGUGGGCAUGUACAGUGGAUCCUACUCUGAGAAAGCUGCUAGGGGCAAAUGGUACAAUAGUCUUCGCUUCCCUCCGGGCAGAAUCUAUGACCGCGUCUUCCCCUUCGCCUGGGGUGGUCUCUACCUGGCCAUGGGUUACGCCUCCCAUCUCGCGGCCGAGGCGUAUGACUCAUCGUUCACUUCUGAGAAGUUGCACGACGCGUCCGUCGGCAUUGCGCUCUACUAUGGUCAAUUGGCGCUGAACUGUCUCUGGACACCGCUCUUUUUCGCUAAGAAGCAUACGACUUUGGCUCUCCUGGACUCAACUCUGCUUACGGCCACUACUAUCUGGAUGACGAAAGUUCUUCAUGGACCCACUGAUGGAAGAUCCACGUACUUCCUCCUGCCGUACUGCGCCUGGCUGUCCUAUGCCACCUACCUCAACGCCGGCGUCGUAUUCCUCAACAAGGACCGCUACGUUCCAAAGGAAGACUAAAAGUUCUGUAACAAAUGCUCACGUGUCAUACUCCGUUAACACAGCGAACAAUGUUGUAUUUGUACAUUUGAGCGAACGGCAUAUUGUAACAGUACCAGGAAAGAGCGAUAAUAUAAUAAAUACGCUGUCCAGACAUCGAGAGCGAGCCGGUAGCGGUCCAGCCAGAGUGACGAGAGUUAGAGCACAAGAAAGAGCCAGAGAGCCGAGCAGCAAGCAUAGUCCAGGUGCAGUACCAGAGCCGGAAUCGGC